CACCCAUGCACGCACUGCCCACGGGGUCGGUGACGUUUGGAAAGUGAAAGUACAGGUCGGACUUACUUUCCACUCACCCUCCUCGUUGUAAAAUGAUAAGCGUUCCAGUUGUACAGGUCUCCACCACCUGUAGGACAGUUGCUAAGCGUCGGUCCAAAGCAGCGAGGUGUGGCUCAGACAGAAGAGGAGCAACUGUUGCAAGAGGAUCCUGGGCCAGCGACUGCUGCAUGACAUCACUCAGACGGAAUACUGGAUUGGACAAGAGACGCAAACGAAGGAGGGUGGAGCGACGGAUUCUGUGCAGGCGGAGUACUCACUGGGCCUGUUUGGUGCGGCUGUAUGAUCGUCUCCAUGGUGACCUCCACGACCUGCGCGGAGCAAGGCUGAGGUCAGAGCUUGAUGGAUGAGUUCAACCCCGGCUUGCAAAAACUUGUGUCACUCGGACACAGCUACAUCCGAGCUUUCCAAGCUCUGGCUGUAAGAAGUGAGGCUUACUUCACUGCACUUUCACAGAUCGGCGAGCAGGCCUGCCACUCCAUGUCCUCGCAUUCCAUAGGAGAUGUUCUGAUUGAGAUUGCUGAGAGCCAAAAGAAACUCACCAUGGAGCUCGAGGGAGUAUUCCAAUGGUUCACUGAAGACAUUAUUCAGGAGAUGGACAAUAAUGUUAGACUGGACAAAGAUUACAUAUCAGGCAGCAGAAAAGAAUAUGAGAUGAGUGUCCACAAUCAGGCAGCAACUAUGGACAGACAGCUAAGGCGUGGUGCUGCACAGGAUGGUGCUGAGAAUUUGCUGUUCCUCCGGGAAAGGCAUAGCGAGGCUCUAAAGGAGCAAGAGAGAAGAUAUCGCUUCCUGGCUGAGAAACACUGUGGCCUCAUCCAGUCCAUGUCUCGCCUCAUGAAUAAGAAUGGAGGUUCUCUCCAGCAGAAGACUGACUCCUGGAGAGAGGAGGUAAAUGCCACCAGAAGAUCGGAUGCCAUACGGCCACCUGGCCUGGAUAUCAAUGCACGGAUAAAACAUGAGAACUGGAAGAAGAGAGAAGAGCAGCCUCUCGGCAAAAUACCAUCAAGAGCCCCGUCCCCCCAGGGAAGCAUAUACCGCUCUACGGCUGAAUCAGUGGGGGGUGCAGGAAGAUCCUUGAGGGCCCGGGUGGCCCAUCAGCCUGUUGGCUCCAAUCCAACACUGCUGCACUUUGCCAGGGGAGAGAUGAUCACUGUGCUGGUCCAGCAGCCAAAAAACGGCUGGUUGUAUGGCCGUGCAGCUGGCAACAAUUCACGUCAGGGAUGGUUCCCGGCCUCCUAUGUAGAAGAAGUGGAUGACCUUCCUAUGCAAGCUGACUUGGGUUCCGCUAUCCGGGGAAGAAGCAACAGCAUUGUGAGUAGCCGCUUGGACAUACCAGGAACAAACACGCCACCUCCGACACCUCUGGUAUCGCAGUCCUCACAAAACUACUCUCAGAUGCAAACGGGCACAUCUGACAGGGGGACAGAGUCUCAUCCAGAAAAAAAGCGAUCCCAGGCACACAGCCCAAAACCAGAACUCUUCCCGAGGGGCACAAACCCAUUUGCAACAGUUAAGUUGAAACCUACAUCCACCAAUGACAGGUCAGCGCCUCGUCUUUAUCGCUAAUGUCAUUUUAUUUACAAAAUAAUGAAUUAUGGUUGAUGAUUCUCCACUCUUGAUGUUGUUUCUUUUGCACCUGUCGAUAAAAAUGUUUUGCUAUAUUGUUCAAUCUACAAUCUGUUGAGAUUUUUAUGUUGGCAUUCUAGUUUUCUGGUGAGCAAAAAUGGUAUCGAUUAGUCAUUAUCCAAGUUCCUUUUAUGGGAUGCUUAAAUAGUACUAGAAUUCUGUCUCCAGCACUGUACUUAAAUUUUUUAAUUAUUAAGUAAUAAUGGAUAAAUAUGAACCAAUCCUGCGCAUCAAAACUACAUCAUCUCUAAUUGCCAGCAUGGGGCAACACCACUGUCCUAGCAACAAGUUUAGAUAUACAGGAAGUCCUCGAUUUACGAACGAGUUCCGUUCCUACGCUGGCGACGUAACCCGAAUUUCCGCGUAAGUCGGAUUUAAAGUCGAAAUUUGCGUCAAAAUACUUCUGUUACAGGUAUUGUCCCACGUGAUUAUGACAGCAAGCUCAGCGUGUGUGGGCGUGUGCGUCAAUGUGUUAGUGAGACGGGACUGUGACGGACGAAGGAGUGCGCGCAGGUGCGAGUGUGUACAGUGGCAAGUGUAGUGACGGCGACCGGGGAAGAGUAGCGAUUAGCGGCGGACCCGUUGACGUUGAAUGUGCAGAGGAGCUAAUAAAGCCAUUAAAGCAGCAAAUCGGUGCUUCGUGCCUUUAUUGUUGCCACCACCCAGCUCAGCUGUGCAACGAGAGAAGGGAGUUAACCCCGAGGAGGACAACCUCGGCCCUGGAGAAGGCCCGACCAAUGUCAGGUGACCGUAGCAGGAAAGGUUAACGCUUCGUAUGAAGAAACUCAAAUACAUUAAAAUAAAAAAAAUAAGAUGCUGUAUUUACCAUUACUGCUGAGAGUAUGAAAAAAGGAGGGCGAAAAAGGCAAAGAUACUCCUGGCACACAAACACAGACAAGCACUAUGCACUAGCUAAGCAGAAACACUAUGGUGCUGGGGACAAAAUGGCGGACGAGGCACGGGCGUCGUAAAGUCGAAACGUCGUAGGUCGAGUACGUCGUAACUCGAAGACUUCCUGUAUGUCUUGGGGGGGGUACAGUAUUUAACAGUUACACACAACACUUGCAAUCACUUUUCCCAAUCUUGGGCUAAAUUACAAGUUUCUGGGUUUUUGUUUUGUUUGUAGUGAGCAUUUGUCUGUCUGGAAAGCCUUCAAAUAUAAGUUCUUACAAAUUCAGUCUCUUUGCUUGAUGUCAAGUAGCUUUCAGUUUUUUGUUUUUUUGUUUUCUUUAAUGUGUUCAAUACCAUUGCACUAUGGCUCUGCUUUGGGUUUCUUCACCAGUCUGUAUAUGUUCUCAACUAAUUAGUAAUUGGACAAAUAAAACUGUGCUAAAAGUUAAUGAAAGUUGUGAGACAUCGCUUGCCAUCUUAAAUAUCUCCACAGAUGGGAAUUUAAAAGUGGAACGUAAUAAUUACAUCAUUUUUGUACAAUGGAAUAUAUUAACAAC